GGUUUGUCAGCAGCAAAAUCAGCAGGCAAAUGGGGGAUGUCGCGAGAACUGGUUACCGUGAAGCGUUCGACUCCAAAAGGCGAAGUCGAGAAGAGUUUGGAGCGGCGGUUUGCCUGACAGGGCUCGUUCAUAGUAUCCCUUCACAGAUUACUAGCAAUAAUGGCACGAUUAGUUAGGAAAACUAUGUUUCACAGUCAAUCUCCAACUAUUUUGCUCGCUUUCUGGCUGUGCUUCCACGCGACAGCCAAAACAAGUUUCUUAGGCGAAGCAAAACAUUCUUUAGGAAAACUCACUUCUUCCGUAAUCGGAUCCUGCACUAACGGGAACGCUAACCAGACUGCGAAGUACAACGGGCUGGUGGUAACCAGACAGCUCACCAGAGGGCUCAGAUCGAACGGCUACGAGCUAUUCUCGGAGAUCCUAAAUGAUACAGGCCUUCUGGAAGAUCUCCCUGCGUUCCUCUCCUGCCACGACGUCACCGCUUUCGCCCCUUCCGAUGCCGCGAUCCGCGCCUUACCUCGCAGGGUGAAGCUUCACCUAGAGAAUGACGUGGGGUUGUUGAGGGAAGUGGCUCUGCUGCACUUUAUAACGGGGAAGAAACGACUGUGGAAGCUGGUGUCGCAGAGACGAGGACACCAGUAUAUGACUCCUGCGUUUAAUGGCACUCAGCGGCUUAAGAAGGCUUCUCUUAGAGGGGACUGGAGUGUACGAGUGUACACUGACAGAGGGCCCAGGGUGACUGUAACGAGGGGCAAUGUUGUGAUGCUGAGAUCUGUGGCUGUACAGGGGGUUAACGGGGUGAUAAGACCCAAGGUGCUUGUAAUGGGGACGAGUGUAGCAGGUGAACAAGCAGAGGGAGACUGAUGGGAUACAUUCCAAAUGUCCUACCUAGCCUGAUCUAUAAUCCGUUAGUGUAUAGUUCAUGGAAAUGCAGACUAGUUAGGUUAUGCAAUUCUUUUUUGUUACGGUACG